CCUCUUCGUAUCCUCCUCAACAAUUCUCCUCGAAAUUAUAGCUUCUCAUCUAUCUUCUCUUCCCUACAGCUUGGUUCAUUGAUACACAACUGAUAUCAAGCAAUCAUGGGCGUCCAAACUGUUGAGUUUAAGCCCUUCCAGGACCAGAAGCCCGGAACCUCCGGUCUUCGCAAAAAGGUCACCGUCUUUCAGCAGCCUCACUACAGCGAGGCCUUCAUCACCAGCAUUCUGCUUUCUAUUCCCGAAGGAGUUGAGGGCUCUUUUCUUGUCAUCGGUGGCGACGGCCGAUACUGGAACCCCGAGGUUAUCCAGCUUAUUGCCAAGAUUGGUGCCGCCUACGGUGUCAAGAAGCUCGUCAUCGGCCAGAACGGCAUUCUUUCCACCCCUGCUGCCAGUCAUGUCAUCCGUCUGCGCAAGGCUACCGGAGGUAUCCUCCUGACUGCUAGCCACAACCCUGGUGGUCCCAAGAACGACUUUGGUAUCAAGUACAACCUCGCCAACGGUGGCCCCGCCCCCGAAUCCGUUACCAACAAGAUUUUCGAGUUCUCCAAGACUUUGACUUCAUACAAGAUUGCCGAUAUUCCCGAUGUCGACAUCUCCACUGUUGGUACUCAGACAUAUGGUGACCUUGAGGUCGAGAUUAUCGACAGCACCACCGACUACGUUGCUAUGCUCAAGGAUAUCUUCGACUUUGACCUGAUUAAGAAGUUUUUCUCCACACACCCCGACUUCAAGGUCCUAUUUGAUGGUCUCCACGGUGUCACCGGUCCUUACGGAAAGGCUAUCUUCGAAGAGGAGCUUGGUUUGAGCAACGCCAUCCAGAACUGUGUCCCCAGCCCCGACUUCAACGGUGGCCACCCCGAUCCUAACCUCACAUACGCCCACUCUCUGGUCGAGGUUGUUGACAAGAACAACAUUCCCUUUGGUGCCGCUUCCGAUGGUGAUGGUGACCGAAACAUGAUCUAUGGCGCCAAUGCCUUCGUUUCUCCUGGUGAUUCCCUGGCUAUCAUCGCUCACCACGCCAAUCUGAUUCCCUACUUCAAGAAGAACGGUGUCAAUGGUCUCGCUCGUUCCAUGCCCACCAGUGGUGCCGUUGAUCUCGUCGCCAAGGCUCAGGGUCUCGACUGCUACGAGGUGCCCACAGGCUGGAAGUUCUUCUGCGCUCUCUUCGACGCCAAGAAGCUAUCCAUCUGCGGUGAGGAGAGUUUCGGUACUGGUAGUGAUCACAUCCGUGAGAAGGAUGGUCUAUGGGCUGUUAUCGCUUGGCUGAACAUCAUCGCUGGCGUUGGUGUCCAAAACCCCAGCGUCACCCCAUCAAUUAAGGAGAUCCAGAAGGAAUUCUGGGGCAAGUACGGUCGUACUUUCUUCACCCGCUACGACUACGAGGAUGUCGAUUCAGAGGGCGCCAACAAGGUUGUUGGUGAGCUAGAGAAGCUUGUCAACGACUCCAACUUUGUGGGCAGCACCAUUGAGGGUCGCAAGGUUACAAAGGCUGGCAACUUCUCUUACACCGAUCUCGACGGCUCUGUCGCUUCCAAGCAGGGCUUAUAUGCCGGCUUCUCUUCCGGUAGCCGAAUUGUUGUUCGACUCUCCGGCACUGGUUCAUCUGGAGCCACCAUUCGCUUGUACAUUGAGCAGCACACCGACGAUCCCUCCAAGUACGAACUGGACGCUCAAGAUUUCCUCAAGGAGGAGGUCAAGUUUGCCACUGAGCUUCUCAAGUUUAAGGAGCACGUCGGCCGUGACGAGCCUGAUGUCAAGACCUAAACGAGAUACGUCAUGAUGGGUGUUGAAAUUGGGGAACACAAGAGGUGGAUGCAAACACAAGAUAAUUUUGAGUUUCUGAAAUUGUUAUCGCGUACAAUGC